AUGAUCGAUAUCAAGCCCAGUGUACUGGAAUAUAAGCCUCCCUUGACAGCACAGGCUACCGAGUACGUUACCGUUACAAACAACUCGGACCAGGCUGUCGCGUUCAAAGUGAAGACCACAGCCCCUAAGUUCUACUGUGUCAGGCCCAAUGCCGCUUUGGUCCAACCAGGGGAACAGGUGCAAGUGCAAGUCAUUUUGCUGGGGCUUGCUGAAGAGCCAGCUGCGGACUUCAAGUGCCGUGACAAGUUUCUUGUGAUCACUUUGCCAGCGCCAUAUGAUCUAGGUUCGUUAAGCGUCACAGAGGCGUGGCCCCAAUUGGAAGCGGAGUUCAAAGAGAAUGCGGUUUCCAAGAAAAUCAAAGUCAAAUACCUAUUGGGCGACGAAGCGCCAGCUCAGGAGUCUAAUGCUGCUGCGGCAACUGCCGAGACCGUGGAGGAUGCGCCUGCCAAGCCUCAAGUUAGUGAGAAAGACAUUGACGACGUUGUCAAACCUGAAAAACAACCUCUAGCAACAGAGACUUUGUCGGAGGCCACCAAGAAGGACAUGACCAGUGGCUCGAAGGAAACACCAGUAGACGAGGGCAAACAAGAUGGUCUCGACUCUACGUCGGGAGUUGCUGGCAUGGUCUCCCCCGCCAAGCAGGAAACAGCUCUAAACCCAGGUAUGAUUUUAUUAGUGGCGCUUAUCGCAUUGGUCUUAGGGUGGAUGUACUACUAA